AUGGAAGAAGAGAAGACAUGCGAUGGCGCCCAACCACAUCCAACGCCCGCUGACUCCAACAAUGGGAAGGAAUAUGACAUCCAUAAACGAAGAAUCAACGGUGGUCUUGAUGCAUGGCUAGGCGUUGUUGCGGGCUUCUGUGUUUUUGUCAAUUCUUGGGGCCUUUUGACAACAUAUGGUGCUUUUCAAGAGUACUACCAAACAGUUCUCCUAUCCCAUGAAUCACCGUCCACGAUCUCCUGGGUGGGAAGUGUCCAGGCCACAUUAAUCCCAUUGAUCGGUAUAGCUGCAGGGCCAUUAGUUGACGUGGGAUAUCUACGCCCUCUAAUUCUAGUUGGAAGCUUCCUGACCGUCUUCGGAAUGAUGAUGACCAGUCUAGCCACUUCCUACUACCAGGUCCUUCUUGCACAAGGCUUCUGCGUAGGAAUGGGCGGCGGCAUCUCCUACAUCCCCGCCCUAGUCGUGAUCUCCACCCACUUCACGACAAAACGCCCCAUCGCCAUCGGCUGCGCCUCCAUCGGCUCCUGCGUCGGCGCCGUGAUCUUCCCAAUCAUGUUCCGCCAACUGCAGCCACGAAUCGGCUUCCCCUGGGCCGUCCGCUGCAUAGCCUUUAUCAGCCUUUUCCUCGCCCUCGUAGCAUGUACAAUCCUCUGUCGACACGCAGGCCAAAGAACCCACGCAAGAAGCCUCAUCGACUGGCACGCCUUCCGCUCCCCUUCAUUCAUGAUGUUCGCUAUCUCGCUGACAUGCGUUAUGCUCGCGUACUACGUGCCGAUCUUCUAUAUCGCUUCCUACGCCCGCACGGUCGUGCACACGUCCACCAGUCUCAGCUUCUACAUGGUUGCGAUUGUGAACGGGUCGUCGGUGAUUGGGCGUGUGGUGCCUUAUUUGCUCGUCGCGUAUAUCAAGCCUAUCGGUAUCUUGAUACUUGCCGUUGCGGCCUCGGCGAUUGCGAUGUUUACUUGGAUUGCGGCGACGGGGCAGGCCGGGUUCAUUGUUUGGGCGUGCUAUUGGGGUGCGCUUAGUGGGGUUUUGGUUACGGCGCCUACGUCUAUUGUCGCGCAUCCGGUUUUCUGUCCUGACCCUAGCUUCAUGGGGACAAGGUUGGGGAUGAUGUGGGGGAUAUCGUCGUUUGGAGCUCUGGCUGGAGCUCCGAUCGCGGGUGCUUUGGUUAAUCUUGACACGGCGGAGUUCUUGCGGGCUCAGGUCUUUGCCGGGUGUAUGAUGGUUGGUGCUGUUUUGUUGCAGGCAUGGCCGACUUAUAGGGUGGUUCAGUAUGAUUGGGAGCAUCCUCGUAGGAAAUGA